GAUAGAAGUGAUGAACGCCCGAGCUUCACGUUCGACACGGUAUGUACCUAAACAUAACGGAGACUUCCGUUCUUCGCAGAAAGACAGAUCGAUCUUUGAGGUUGUCGCUUUCUGUGAAUCUCUUGUACAUACACACAUAUAUAUACAUUAAAACCUCUUAGAUCAUCGGCUUUUUCAAUACUCUUAGAUUAUAUAUAUUUGUAUUCCUCGAAAACUGUUGUUUCAAUGGCCAAUUUUGAAGAACAACCUGAAGAACACAAUGACAGUAAAUCAUCCGACGCCACUUCUUCUCCGGAGGAAAAACCCUCGUCAGCCACCGUAACGGCGGAUCCAGCUCCUCCAGCGACAUCGGAGAAGCAACCACCGGAGGGUUGGACGGCCGAGGGCCUCCCCGUGGGUCCCGGCGUGAUGGGUGAGCCGGUUAAUCGUCGGGCCGAGUGGGAUACGGGCCUCUGCUCUUGUCUUGGGAGAAAUGAUGAUUUCUGGAGCAGCGAUCUUGAAGUUUGUGUAUUGGGAGGUGUGGCUCCUUGUGUGCUCUAUGGAAGCAAUGUCGAGAGGAUUGCACCUGCUUCCGGCACUUUCACAGCUCACUGCUUGCCUUACACGGCGUUAUACCUCAUUGGGGAUUCAUGUUUUCAUAUGAACAUCCUGGCUCCCUGGUACUCGUAUCAUAGCCGUACAGCUAUCCGCCGGAAGUUCAAUUUGGAGGGAAGCUACGAGACGCUGACCAGAAUAUUUGGAUGCACCAGUGGGGUUCUUGAGGAUGAGUUGAAACGCGAACAGUGCGAAUCUGCUUUCGACAUUGCAACUCAUGUGAUUUGUCACCCUUGUGCCAUCUGUCAGGAAGGUCGCGAAGUUCGUCGUAGAAUUACUCAUCCUGGGUAUAAUGCGCAAGCGCAACCAAUCUUGGUCAUGCUCCCACCCAUGGAGCAGACAAUGGGACGCUAAAAACCAGUCCCCAAAUUCUGUAUGUGCUGUAUGGAGUCCCAUUACACUUCUUAAUUGCUUCUGUAUUUAUCUCUCUGGAUCUGUCCCUGUAUGCCCUGAGUUUUUGAUUAAUGAAUGAUCAAAAGUAUAGUUUUGGCCUCUUUCAUGGCCUGUGUAAUUCUUUUCUUUUUU